AUGACGCAGGCGGAGAAGGGCGAGGCGGAGAACGGCAAGGACAAGGAGCGCGAGCGGGAGCGCGAGCAGCGCGGCGGGAAGCGGCCCAUCGUGCCCGCCGCCGUGCCCGAGGCGCUGCAGGAGCAGAUACAGAGCAACUUCAUCGUGGUCAUCCACCCGGGCUCGGCCACGCUGCGCCUCGGCAGGGCCACCGACACGCUGCCCGUGGGGCUGCCGCACGUGCUGGCGCGGCGGCACCGGCAGCCCGGCCAGCCCGUGUACCGCGACGCGUGGCUGCUGCGCGACGGCCUCAGCAAGCCUGAAAGUACUGAGCAGAGACAAAAUGGUCUUAAAAUGGUGGACCAAGCAAUAUGGUCCAAAAAGAUGUCAAACGGGGCAAGACGCAUACCAGUGUCACCUGACCAGGCUAGGUCAUACAACAGGCAGAUGCGGCCAGCUAUUUUAGAUCACAGCUCUGGGGCCAAGUGGACAAACACAUCAAAUCAUCCGGAAUAUUUGGUAGGAGAAGAGGCACUAUAUGUUAAUCCACUGGAUUCUUACAAUAUUCACUGGCCUAUUAGAAGAGGGCAGUUGAAUCUCCACUCAGGACCUGGUGGCUCCCUCACUGCGGUAUUAGCAGAUCUUGAAGUUAUAUGGUCACAUGCAAUACAAAAAUACCUGGAAAUACCAUUGAAAGACCUAAAGUAUUACAGAUGCAUUUUACUAAUUCCAGAUAUAUAUAAUAAACAACAUGUGAAAGAACUGGUAAAUAUGAUCCUAAUGAAGAUGGGCUUCUCAGGAAUUGUGGUACAUCAGGAGUCUGUGUGUGCUACUUUUGGAAGUGGUUUAAGCAGUGCAUGUAUAGUAGAUGUGGGAGAUCAGAAGACGAGUGUUUGCUGUGUGGAAGAUGGUGUUUCACAUCGCAACACCAGGCUGUGCCUUGCAUAYGGAGGAUCUGAUGUAUCAAGGUGUUUUUACUGGCUUAUGCAACGAGCUGGGUUCCCAUAUAGAGACUGUCAGCUGACUAAUAAGUUGGAUUGCCUGCUGCUUCAGCACUUAAAGGAAACAUUCUGUCAUCUAGACCAGGAUAUUUCUGGACUGCAAGACCACGAGUUCCAAAUUCGUCAUCCAGAUUCACCAGCUUUAUUAUACCAGUUCCGGUUAGGGGAUGAAAAAUUACAGGCUCCAAUGGCUCUGUUUUAUCCAGCAACUUUUGGAAUUGUGGGACAAAAAAUGACAACUCUACAACACAGAUCUCAAGGUGAUCCUGAGGAUCCUCAUGAUGAGCAUUAUCUCUUAGCUACACAGAGUAAGCAGGAGCAGUCUUCAAAAGCUACAGCUGAUAGAAAAUCUAUGUCCAAGCCUGGUGGACUCGAGGGAGACUUGCGAGGCCCAGCCUCAGACAUUUCAGAGAGGAUCUACCCUCAAGAAGUGGAGCUGGGAUCUUCCCAGGGUGAUUGUAUGAUGCCUGGAAAUGACUCGGAGGAACCUGUAACUGCGCACAUGUCCAGGAAAACAGCUAUCUCCCAGUUUGAAGGCAAAGCCCUAGGCCUUGACAAAGCCAUUCUUCAUAGUAUUGACUGCUGUGCAUCUGAUGAUACAAAAAAGAAGAUGUACAGCUCCAUUCUAGUAGUAGGAGGAGGCCUUAUGUUUCAUAAAGCUCAAGAGUUUCUUCAACACCGAAUUCUCAACAAAAUGCCACCUUCUUUCAGAAGAGUUGUUGAAAAUGUUGAAGUUAUUACAAGACCUAAGGACAUGGAUCCUCGCUUAAUUGCGUGGAAAGGGGGUGCAGUUUUGGCCUGUCUUGAUACAACUCAGGAGCUGUGGAUUUACCAGCGAGAAUGGCAGCGCUUCGGUGUCAGAAUGCUGCGAGAGCGAGCUGCAUUUGUGUGGUAAUUCAUGCUUACAACAUAGCAUGGCUGACUAAACAUUCCUUUCCCAAAAUUUCCACUUUUUUCCCCCAGUGCAGAGGUAUUGAUCAUCUGUUGAUGKGUGUUUUUGUAUUUUACUGAAACUUAAGUCUUGAGAUUUUUUCUGAAGCAGUGCAAAAAUCCCAUCCAGUGAGAAGAUGUUACACUGAACAUUGCUAUACUCCRACUUUUAAAUUGUAUGCAUUUAAAGCUCAUUGUAUAGUGUCACAGUCCUCUCCAGAUUCACUAUGAUAAGCUAUGAUACAGCUUUUUUUGUGUAUUGAAAUUGCACAACACGAGUAUUUGAUAUAUCAAGUACUCAAGUGGCAGAUGUUAAGUCAGGAUUCAUUCUGGAUGAACAUAGGCACCACAGAAGCGAGAGCUGCAGGCUGCACUCUAUGGACUUCUAAAAUAAAUUUAUUAUGCAUUUUUAAAAAAAGGGAAAAGCUUGAACGACGUAUUUUUCCUUGCCUGUUGUUACCCUCGAGAACUCUGAUAAUUUCUCACCCUCCAGCUUUCUCACUAUUUAAAACACACCAUAUGGCACAUCCAAAAUACAGCACACGGAUUCCAACACUAUGACAUGAGCAUACCAGCAUUUGCCCCCUAGCAGUAAUCUUCAGUUACAAAAGGGGUCAAAGACCCAGGAUAAGAAAGGGUAAGAUAAGUCUUUGAUAAGACAAGCCUAAGGCAGCAUAGCCAGUUUCUGUAAAGUAACAAGCCCAUGAACAACCCCAAGUGGUAACCUGCAGGAGUUGYUUAAACAAGCUAGGAAACUCCUCCAUCACUGCAGUGUUCAAAGCAGGAAUACAGCCAGAUUUUUUUACACAAGAUGUCAGCUCCUAACUGCUGACGUAAACUGCUUCUGUCUGCUUCAUAAAACUUUUGGUGAUUGGCUGUUUUUAAACAAACAAUUCACUCAAAGAAAGCUAUUAGAUAAGAGAAAGGAAGAUACAGAAGAGCUAGUGGAAGAUUCCUAGGAUCGCUGGCAGGUAACAAUUCUUAAAUCAGGAAAUACCUAUUUGAGCAGUCAAUUCUAAUAACUAUUUCUAAUUGCCUUUACAAUGGAUGCUUUUAAUUAUUUAGUUGAUAGAUUUUAUAAUGAAACUAAAAUUAACAAGUUUUCAAAAAGUUUAAAAAUUGAUUUUUCUAAUACCUAUAACAAUAUUCAAAGUUACACAAAGUUUAGCUUCAGUGACACUUUUUCAUGCCAUUUUCCAUUUGUUGUAAAGAUAUUCGUAUUUUGGAAAUCUGUAGCUCAUG